UUUUUUUUUUUCCCUUUUUUUUUUUCUAAAAAAAACUUUUUUUCAAUAUCACUUCAUGUCAAACUAUAAUAGCCUUACUACUUCUUCUAAUACGUUGAAUAAUGAUCAAUAUGAAUGUUUAAAAGAAUAUUAUCGCUAUUUAGUGGGCAUGUCGAUGAAUCAACAACAACAGCAACAACAGUCAUCCAUAUCCAAUACCCUUUUGCACAAUAUCCAACUUGUAAAUACUUUUAUUCAUCAUCAUCAGCAACAGCAACAUACCCUUCAUACUACCCUUCAUACUACUACUACUACUACGUCUACUGUAAAUCCUUCGAAUUAUGUCAACAAAACCAUCAUCAACGAUGUGAACCGAUAUCAAAAGAUUUAUGUCGAUACACUGGUUGAUAUCACCUCACUUACGAUCCGCACUUCUUGGCCUUCUGAAAUGUCAGCUACGAAUACCAAAGAUGGUCAACUGGUAGUCAAUACCAACACCUUUGUGCGUCAUCUCUUAAAACGCUCAAGAGCUACUCGCUCGACCCUUCAACUGGCCAUUUUUUACCUUUUCCGAAUUCGCCCACAUAUCGGUCAACGAAGCCAAUACGAUUCGAUUGUGAAAUGCGGCCGUCGUAUGUUUUUAGCAGCCUUAAUCUGUGCGCAUAAAUAUUUGUAUGAUAAUACGUUUACUAAUGCCAGUUGGGCAAAAAUCAGCAAGCUAUCUCCUCGGGAAAUCAAUCAUGCCGAGAGAGCGUUGUUGGAAAUGCUUGACUAUAAGCUUUUCGUACCUGUUGAAUUGUAUCAAAAGUUUGAGAGUCAACUAAAAGAAGCUAUGCCAAAGCAGGUUGUCUCCCCCUCCUCUUCUCCUUCCUCUGUGCAAAAUAGCCCUCUUCCUCGUACGAGCAGUCCUGUGCCUUCUCGAAAACGAUCUUAUACCAGUGUAGAACAAGCCAUGUAUACUCCUCAUUCGAAUGCAAAUAUUAAUAAUAAUAGCAAAAAACCAAAGCAAACGCAUCCACCUCACUAUCAUAUUCAUCACGGCAUUCCUACACCUGAAGACGAUAAAGUAGACUUUUAUUAAAAUACCCCCCCCCCUCCCUUCUCUCUCUCUCACUCUCCUUUAAAAAAACCUGUACAUUUUGUAAUAUAUAUAUAUUUUUCUAUCGAUCACAUUUUAUAUUAGAAUAUCUCUUUGGGAAUAAAACCACCUUUUUCCUCUUCUCUUGGGGCCAUUUUCCUCUUCAUUUUUAUCUUGUCCAAUCAGAAUGUUUCAAGUUUCAAAUAAUGGAAACC